AUGUCCCAACCAAACCCAACUCCACCGCCCAAUCUCCGCGACCGCGCCGCAUCCUACGCCCUAGCCUUUGCCGAGCUCAACGCCGCCUCACGCGCAGGCAAGACGCCGCGCAGCCAGCGUGCUCUCCUCGCCCAUCUCCGGACUGAAGAGGCGGCCGGCCGCGUGCCCGUCGGCUUUGCAAAGUUCUACCGCGCAUACUACGGGGCGAGUGCCGUCUUGGCCCUGGCCGUCGGUGUCGGGGUCGGGUAUGCCGGGUAUCGACCGAGCCUCGCAUCCGAGGUGCUGUCCUCCAGGCUCCUUAGCGUCAGAGGGUAUGGAACGUACCGUUGUACCAUGACGCCAAGCAUUGUCCUGGUACUUGCAGACACCAGAAGCAGACCACUGUAUGCAUAUACUUUUCACGUCGAGCCUGUGUCCAUUAGGAUGUACGGCGAUUCUACGUGGUCUUGCCGCGACGCAGUUGUGCAGUUCAUUUCCUGGCUGUAG